AUGGUCGCCAAGAUCUACGACCCCCUCUACUACAAAUUCAUCAAUGAAUACGACUACACUGAGCCCGUCAUUUGUGACGCUGAUGGAGAUUAUCUCCGGGAGGCUGCUGCUUAUACAGAGCUGCAGUCGUCACCGGCGGCCGUAGAGACAACACCCAUCUACCAUGGCAGUUUCACUGUAGAAACCGAUACCUAUGUGACCCCGAGUGGUGGGAAAGAGAAACGAGUCGUUCCGCUCAUACUCAUCGAAUACCUGCGAGGCCAGAGUAUGAGCAGUAUCAAGCCGCACACUCUCUCUGACGAAGUACGAUCAGCCAUCACCAGGAAGGUCAUCGUUGCUGAGAUUGUCAUAUUACAUGCCGGUGUCGAUCAUUACGACUAUUGCCCACGGAACAUCAUGUUGCUCAAUCUCGACGAGAGCCCAUUGACAUUGACGGAGGAUUACAUCAACAACCACGUGCAGGUGAAGGUAAUUGACUUUAACAUCUCCAUCGUCAAUGCUCACCCAAGUCACAAAUACCGCCGCUGGUAUAAAAGCGACGCUAAGGCAGGGAGAAAACCACAGUCCCCCAUUGUGAGGUACCAUGGUCAGAUGAUUGAAUUUUACUACUGGGUACCUAAGAGUACAAGCGCGGAGGAAUGGUUGUGGGAACAGUUCCACGGCGAUGAGCGGUUUCGUCCCGUGACCUGGGACCCUAAGAAUCCUCUCAAAUCCCCAAAAUAUCUGGAUGAUUCCGAGGACGAUAGCGGUGGUAGCUCAGAUUCAGGGAUCAGCAUGGGGACUACGAAGGAGUGA